UAAUACAUUGGACAUAGGGUGAUAAAUCUUCUUGAGAUUAUCAGCUAGGGCAGGGACGAAAAAUCUGUAGGCAAGGCUCCAGAUGCUCAGGAUUCCAACUCCAACCAGCCCCAGCCAGCAUGGUCAACGGACAAGAAUGACAAAGUCCAGGAACCUUUGAAGGAUUGUUGCCACCAGAAGCCCUUCGGAAUGUCCAAGCCCAAGACUCAGUUGCAACAACUUGCUGAACAAUACAUAGACCUCUACCACACGUACUCUGGGAAUUCUGACAGCCUUGACAAGCAGGCAUUUAAGAAGAUGCUGGAGGAGCAGUUUCCUGACACUGAUGAGUCUCCCUUGAAGCAACAAAAGAGAGACCAGCUCUUCGAGGAGGCAGACAUAAACAAGGAUGGCAAACUGAGUUUUGCUGAAGUGGGACGCCUGGUUGCAAAAUUCAUUGCUGAAACUCAUGAGAAACUCCGCAAGUAAGAAGGGCGUCCCCUUGGCCACUGGAAAAAAUAGGUCCAGCAAAUCCUCCAGGAGACGUCAGAGGAGUGUUGGAUACUAACCUUCCAAAUAUUCACAAACCCCUAUCCGCAUUCACUAUCUUGGAAUGCAAUGCUUUGGCAAAAGAAUAAGAAAUAAACAUUGAACUUGGAAA